AGAACUGAAACCUGGCAACCAACCCUGAACUCACUCUCGCUGCUGCUGUCGUCACUGAGGUCAGGUAGACGGAGCGAAGAUGGCGACCGCCUACGAGAGAUACAAUUUGCACACGACCCCAGAGAAGUUCUUCAUCGAGGCCUGUGAUGACGGGGCUGAUGCUGUGCUGGCCAUCGACCGGGUCUCUAAUGAGAUGACCCUCACAGGUAAAAAAGAUGUUCCUCCAUCUGCGGUCACCAGGCCGAUAUGUGGCAUCAUGGGAACUAUCCGGAUGGUAGCAGGUAUGUACCUGAUCGUCAUCACCAGGAAGAGGAACGUGGGCAGCCUGCUGGGUCACGCUGUGUGGAAAGCUGUGGACUUUGAUGUGAUCUCGUACAAGAAGACGGUGCUGCACCUGUCAGAGAUACAGUCUCAGGAGAACAAGACUUUCCUGUCCAUGAUCAACAACGUGCUGACCACAGACGGAUUCUACUUCUGCACCGACUUUGACCUCACACACACCCUGCAAAGACUCGCCAACACCAGCCCCGACUUCCAGGAGAUGAGUCUGCUGGAGAGGGCGGAUCAGAGGUUUGUGUGGAACGGAAACCUCCUGAGAGAGCUAGCUGCACAACCUGAGCUCCAUAGGUUUGCUCUCCCUGUGGUCCAUGGCUUCAUCGUCAUGAAGCCGUGUCGUAUAAAUGGAAAGAUCUUCGAGUGGAUCCUGAUCUCCAGGAGAAGCUGCUUCAGGGCCGGAGUCAGAUACUAUGUCAGAGGAAUCGACUCUGAAGGCCACGCUGCGAACUUUGUGGAGACGGAGCAGAUCGUUUUGUACGAGGGAGCAAAGGCUUCAUUUGUACAGACACGAGGCUCAAUGCCUUUCUACUGGAGUCAGAGACCCAACCUGAAAUACAAACCUAAACCUAUAAUCAGCAAAACAACCAACCACAUGGAUGGUUUCCAGAGACAUUUUGACUCUCAGCUGCUCAUCUAUGGAAAACAAACCAUUCUGAACCUGGUGAACCAGAAAGGCUCGGAGAAACCUUUAGAAGAGGCCUUUGCUAAGAUGGUGUCUGGGAUGAACAAUGGGAUGCUGAACUACAUCGCCUUCGACUUCCACAAAGAGUGCAGUAAGAUGAGAUGGGACCGCCUGCAGAUCUUAGUGGACACAGUGGCAGAGACACAGGAUGAAUACAGUUACUUCAUGGUAAACUCCGAAGAGAAGACGAUGGCCCAACAGAGAGGUGUGUUUCGCAGUAACUGCAUGGACUGUUUGGACCGGACCAAUGUGAUCCAGAGUCUGCUGGCCCGGCGCUCCCUGCAGUCCCAGCUCCAGAGGAUGGGCGUCCUGAACGUGGGUCAGAGAAUUGAGGAGCAGGCCGAGUUCGAAAAGAUCUACAAAAACGCAUGGGCUGACAAUGCUAAUGCAUGCGCUGUGCAGUAUGCAGGAACUGGAGCCCUGAAAACAGACUUCACCAGGACGGGGAAGAGGACCAGGCUGGGGCUGCUGAUGGACGGCUGGAACUCCAUGAUCAGAUACUACAAAAACAACUUCUCUGAUGGAUUCAGACAGGACUCCAUCGACUUGUUUCUGGGAAACUUUGCUGUUGAUGAGUCCGACGGCCCAACUCCUCUACGAGUGCAGAAGGACUGGAAGUUCCUGACGCUGCCAAUCGUCAUGCUGGUGGCCUUUUCUAUGUGCAUCGUCUGUCUCCUGAUGGCUGGUGACACCUGGACGGAGGCUCUGGCGUACGUGAUGUUCUGGGGAGCAGCGAGUGCUAUUACUGGAACCAUCAUCCUGUUCAACGGGCAGGACUUUGUGGACGCCCCAAAACUGGUUCACAAGGAGAAGAUAGACUGAGAGUGUGUGUGAGGAUCACAUACCUCUACAUCAUCAACUUCAUCGUCGUCUUCUUCCUCAGAUCUGGACUCUUUGGACUGAUCUGCUGCCCUCCAGACUCUCAUCCAGACUCUGUCAUGUUCUGCAGGCUCUCCUGGUGUGCUGCACUCACAUCAUUAGUCCUACAUUUCCCUCACACGGUCUCUGGGUUGCUUUGUUGGGGAUCUUUGACGGCACUUUGUUUCACACUACUGCUCUUUUCUUGUUUGUUUACCAUCAUUAGUAUUUUAUAUCUGUAAACGUGUCAGGAGAGGCUCUUUUCUAUCAUGCUCUAUUACACAUCUUUAGGUCCAAGGUCAUCACACAGGUGGUCAGUCACUCUGGUUAAUUAGACCAAGUUAUUUAAAGAUAUUAAUGUUAGUGUUCCAGAGUUACAUGUACAAUAGAAACCUACAGCAGAGUGAGAGAGACACACAAGCAAAGGUCUCACCCAACAUAAAACUAAACAUCUGCGUGGACAGAGAACGUCUGUGAAGGGUUUUUUAAAGCUGCAUUAAUUUUUAUUUCAUUUUGACCCAAACUUAUCUCACACAUUCUACAUCAAAAGAUAUUCAACCAGGGGGAUGAACUGAACCAAUAAAUGAUGGUGUUUAUUCUGCAGACUGAUCUGGAGGGAUGGAUUUCUCUUCUCUUUUGAUCUGAACAGACGGUCACUGCCGAUUGGACUGUAAACAAUACAGCGUGCUGAAAAGAACAUUAGCUUAAAUUGCUAUCUGCUAUCUGCUCAUUGAAGCAGGCAUGUCCAGAAAGUUUAGUCACUCCAGAGAGAAUACUUCAUCACCUGAUGAUGUCCGGUCGGUUAAUAGAUUCAACAUCAAGCUGAACCCAUAACUCCCAGCUGAGAGAAGUCCAAUUCUUUUCAGAGGCAGUGAUUAAUUCAUGUUGGUUCGUCUAAAAAAAAAAACUCCUCUCUAAUCAGCGUCAUUCUGUUCAUUAUUGAUAUGAAAAUAGGGAUUAUACUGCAGCUUUAAAGAUCCUUUAAAGAAUUGUGUCCUAAUGAAAUGCAUUUAUUUACCACCUCAGUUAACCCCAAACAGUCCCACUGAAGACUGCACAUUGAAACAUACAUGAUGGAUCUCUUUGCAGUAUUUAUGUACGUGUUGAGUUUUGAAUGUAAAAGCCUUACAAAUCUAAAUAUCUGGCUGAUCUGUGUGUAGCUGGGGUGAAAACGUCUUCCUCUUUAGCUCUUUUAAUUACAGUGUGUCUGAUGAUUUUGCACUUUGCAUAACAUGUGAUCUGUUUAUAUCAGGUGUCUGUUGUGGCUUCUGUUUUCUCAGCUUGGUUCCAAAUUGCAGCGACUCUCUGCAUCUUUACUUUGUUCAGAAAUCCAAAAAGAUCUGCCGCUCUUCUGAUCUGUGUUUUUGAAACAGUGGAGAAAUACGUUUCCAGUUAAGAGCUCUGUAUGCCUGAUUCAGGGUAAGGAAUUCACUUUCACUCACCUGUGGGGAGCUACUUUCAUCAACACAGGCUGAUGUAUUUUUGUUAGUCACAUAUUCUUCAGUCUACAUUUAUUUUUUCCCUUGUGAGAUCAUUUCUAGCCUGAGAUCACUGUCCUGUUUUUCAGCCUUUAAGCUAUUUGAGUAUAAUUUUACCAACCCAGCUUCUAGGAAACAAAGCAGCUGUUUUAGAAUCUCUGAACCAAGUGCAGAUGUAUGCAGUUGCUCUGAUGUUUGGAACGAGGCUUAUUUAUUAUUUUCUAGAAUAAGACUUUAACGGUGUUGACCUAAAAUGUCUAAGUGUGGUUUGAAAGCUGCUCUGUGUCUAAACAGCUAAAAGCCUCUGUUGGAUAACUUAACUAUCACGUGUUGUGGUUUUUAAUCAAGUAAACAGACACUCUGUUAUUGACGUCCUUUAAGUGUAGGUUUAAUUUCUAUCAUCUGAACAUUUUUGAAAUAAAGAGACGUCCCAGUUUGGAACUGAAACAGUUAAAAUACUCACACAUAAUGUUUCUGUUGCUGCCAUCGUCUGUUGUCUUCAUCGUGUUUGUUGUUCAGUUUCUUGUAAAACCCGGUCUCAAUGUUUCAGAAGCACAUCAAAAACAAUGUGUUUUACAGUUUCUAGAGAACAAUAGAUAUGUUUGUCGUUUUCAACUCAAACUGAUAUUUUAUAUUCAUUUCUCUUUUCUUUUUUUCUUUUAAUUUUUUUUUUUACAGUGGUUAAACUUGGAUCUCAGACCUAAAGACUAAGUGAAAAGUACAUGGCUCCAAAUCUUAAACUCUGUAUCUUUUAUUUUCUGGGAUUAAAACACAAACAGAAAUCUGUAAUCUAUGCGCUGGUUGUGGGAAAAUAAAUCUCAUAUCUUAAAAUUUA